AUGACCCUCUUAGUUGACGAGGAAUUAGCAUUAUCAACAGACGAAAUAUCAAAGGAAACAGUUCCAGAACAAUUAAAAACAAAACGAAGAAGAUGCCGAAAGUCCAUCAUUGUGUCUAUUAUGUCAGCAGCAGUAUCCAUGGUGACGUUUCUUGCUUUUGUGGGAGUUCUCGUCUAUGUCCGAAAUGUUUUUAAGACAUCUCUGGAAGAUCACUGGAAAUUGCCACACAACACUCCAGCAUAUUCUCGGAACGAAUCGUUUCACGGGAAUUUUCCUGUGGCGUACAUGGUUCUAGACACGACUUCGUUAUCAGAUGGACACGAGUUUCUAAGAUGGAAAAAUUACAAAAACCAGACAUACACCAAGGGAGGACUAACGUACUCCAGUGGAUUCUUUAUAAUCCCCAAAAGUGGUUUUUACGACCUUCACUCGACACUGAGCAUUGAGACGCAUCUUAAGGCAGGCAUGGGCGAUGUCAUGAUUUACAGCUGCAUUGUGACGUCAUCAGGAAUUACCUUAGGCUGUAACCGAAUGAGGCAGAAGAAGGGAUGGGCAGGACAUAGCGAAAUCUUAGUGCUCUCCAGGUGGUUAGAGAAAGGGGAGAGAAUCGGCGUGACUCUGGCACCAAAGUCCACGAAAUCUCUGAUACACGGCAACCCGACAGAAAACACCUUUGUAAUUCGACAAAUUAGAUAGCAUACGUACAUAUUUUUAAAAUCUUUUUAACCUUUCUUAUUGCUUGUUAUAUGUUUUCCUGAAUUCUUCUUAACAGAAGAAAUUUAAAAACUAAUAAAAUGAAUUUAUUUAGACUAUGUUUUAAUCACGAAUACAUGCAUAUGUAUAUAUUAUAUGCCCAUACAGUACCCAUACAUGUACCGAGCUCCGCCCACAUGUCCUUCGUACACGUAUCAUUUAUUUUAG